AUGAAACCAAAUGAUCACUUAUACCCUGGAUUACGUUACAGAACGAUGCUGCUCACACUGGUUGGAUUACUAGGAUUUGUUUCUUGCUCAUUCUCCGGGGAUCCCUCUCUUAAUGAUUCUUGGAGACGCAUUCGAGUCAGAAGAGCCAAUUUGCCUUACCCUACACCAUCAGCUCCCAUUCCUAAUUUUGAUUUCAUGCUGUCGCACUCUGUACCUAUGUUGUGUCCGUCUAGUUCACUUGGAAUUGCAAGAAAAAUGACUUUGACAGACGAGCAAAUGUUAGAACUUCUGCAUGCGAGUGGUGGAACUUUCAACCCAAACAUUAUGGCGACAGCUAGAGCAGCUGCAGAGCAGUUUCCGAAUAGGUUACAACUGACACAAUACACAGAGGGUGAGGAUAUAGACAGAACCUUAGAUUUUGAUCCUGUCACAGACAACGAGAUUACCAAACGAGCAUUGCUAGAAGAUUUACAUAAAUGGUCUGCGUUAAAGGACUACUUAUCAAACAAAACAUUAUCUGGACCUACAGAAGCUUUGAAGCAAGCAACAUCGGAACCAGUGGAACCUACAACGUCCCCAGUGCCAGAUCUGCUUGGAAGUGUGCUUUUAGAUCCGAUACUUAGUACACAUGGCCGUCAACAACAAAGUGCAAUAAAUGACCAAACGUUAAAGUCAGAAUUGGAACAAAUGAAAAAACAAUUAGAACAAUUACUACAUGGAAAUUCAGUUAGUUCCGAAGAUUUGAAAGACCUGAUGAACAGUUUUAAUAUCAGUACUCAUCCCCACAUAUUACAACGGAUCAAUCCCGGGUCCAGCUUUGGUCCACAGAGAGUGAUACGAAGCACAGACGGCUCCACGUCAGUGAUACAAUACUGCCGUCAGAAAGGCAAUGCUACAGCUGAUGGAUUUCUACACAUGUGUGACGAGUGUGCUGCUACUACUACUUUAUCCUCUGAAAAGUUUCCGCCAUACCUGAACGAAAUCGUCUGUGGACAAAAUGACAAGACAUGUCUAACGGUCCGAGGAACACCUCAUGGUGCCUGUAAACAAAGCUUUGUAUACGUAAAUAUGUUACGGAGACGACCAGGCGGAUGUCGUAUGAUGAUACAGAAUGGCCAGCAGAUUUUGAUAGGUGCUUGGGAGGUGUAUACACAGAAAGUACGAUCAGGAUGCGAGUGUUUUAUCAACCGACAGUCUCUUUUCGCAAAGUACAUCAGACCCAUUGGUUAGGAACAUUGCCCAUAUGUCAAAUGUAAAUUCUAAAUGUUAAGUGUUAAGUUAUUCGUCAGAAGUAGCGAUGUGACAAUUGUUUAAAAUCACAAUGAGACAACCAAAAGCCUGCGAGGAAAAACUAGACU